GAGAGGCUGGGUUGGAAAGUGGGAAAAGUGGAAUACUGUACUAGGCAGGGCGAGCAACUGGGAGACAAUAGCGAGUGGAGUGCGGACAGACGCUGGUAUAAGACAGAAAUGUGCUUUCUUAGGCGAAUUGUGAUGCUGACAUACAGUUUACGCGUAUUUCUCUGACUAUUGUAGCAGCACGGGCGGAGAGUGCAUGUUCUCGUUGUGCGUCUGCACCUUGUGUAUGAUAGCUUGAGCCAAAGGUCAGACAAUUCUCCUGGCAACCGGAGAGUUAAAAAAUGCCACGUUCAGCCGAUUUACUGCGGUGCGCAAUCAGACCGCGUUGCCGGGCGAUGCCUGCGCGUCGGGAAUCGUGGUUCAACUGAGGGAAUCUGGGCGAGUAACAAUGGUUUUGUGCGAAUCAUGGCUAAUGGAACUGGCACAAUCAUGCUGAAAUGCGUUGUUGUUGGAGACGGCGCCGUGGGCAAAACUUGCCUGUUGAUGAGCUACGCCAACGAUGCUUUUCCAGAGGAGUAUGUGCCAACCGUCUUUGACCAUUACGCAGUGAGUGUGAAUGUUGGAGGCAGACAGUACCUGUUGGGACUCUACGACACCGCAGGGCAGGAAGACUACGACCGCCUGAGGCCUUUAUCUUAUCCGAUGACCGACGUCUUCCUCAUCUGUUUCUCGGUGGUCAACCCGGCCAGCUUCCACAAUGUGCGUCAAGAGUGGGUCCCCGAACUUCAAGAGUAUGCGCCUGGCGUUCCCUUCCUCCUCAUCGGAACCCAGAUCGACCUGCGAGAUGACCCCAAGACCAUUGCCAAGCUGAAUGAUGUCAAGGAGAAGCCGGUUGUCACAGAGCAGGGACAGAAGCUGGCCAAGGAGAUAGGCGCCUGUUGCUACGUGGAGUGCUCGGCACUGACGCAGAAGGGGCUGAAGACGGUUUUCGAUGAGGCGAUCAUCGCCAUCCUCGCUCCGAAGAAGAGCAUCAUCAAGAGACGCCUCGGGACACGUUGCAUCAGCUGUUGCCUCAUCACGUGACCCCAUUGCCCCGCCGCUGCCUGACGGGGUGACCCCUGCUAAGCUUGUGACUGUGCGAUCACGUGACUCGUAGCUGCACUGCUGUCUGAAUGCGCGGCCCUCUGCUAAGCUGCCAUCUGGUCAUGUGAUCUGUUGCUAUGCUGCCGUCUGAUCAUGUGACCCGCUGAUGUGCUCCGGCUUGAUCACGUGACCUCCCCUAUGUCCCGUUCACGUGAGAAAGGGAGGAGCUGUAGGAUCAGUCUCUAUGCUGUGCACCUGAACCCGAAGAUUCUGGUUCUGAUUCAGCUGGACCCCGGAGGGUAGGGAAAUGGGGGCCAGGUGGGAGAGGUGGGCUUUAUUACAAGGGAAAAUAUCCCAAAUUAUCUCAGCAGCACAAUCUCCCAGAUCCAAUGUUCUAGACGUUUUAAUGUUGCUCAGAAUGGACAUUCCAACAUUUUUUAUUGACAUUGUAAAAUGUGCUUUAUACAAAAUUUAUAUUACAAAGAAAACACUUCUCCCAAUUUCAAACCUUGGUCAAAAAACUGUUUCUUGGCAGAUGUUGAUUCCUCCCAGUUUAUGUUUCACAGAAUGAGUUUUGCUGGUCCCAGGACACUGAAAUUCUUAGAGCUCCUUUCCACAAGCUUGUUAGUGAGCUUUUGAUGACAGUGGUUUCAGUUGGGAUGAAUGAGGUAGCAUGCCAGGGCCUUUUUUGAGUUUUUUUUUUCUUCAGAGAAGCACACAUUGGAAAAUUAAAGAAGUUUUACAAUA